UCUUUGAAAAAGCCUAUUCAGAUGAUGAUUCUAAAGUUAUAGAAAUGUAAUCUCAGCAGUGCUCAUCAAUAAUUGAGCAAUACGUAGAACGCUAGAAUCGCUCAUCUAAAUAUAGUCGGAUUAUCUGAAAGUGUACUGGUAAAUCCAACAUCAGGAGAAUAUAUAUAGUCGUUACAAUACGACAGAUGCGAAAUCAGUUGCAUUCUCAACGUUGUUUGGAGAGCAUUCAAAAUGCUGUGGCUCGCAAUUUUGUUUUCCGCUAUAAUGAUUGGAAAUUCCUAUGGAAAUCCGACUGCCACCACUGAGGGACCGGCUCUUGAAGGAGGUACAAUAUCACAGUUGACAACCCAAUUGAAUGGAUGCUGUUUUACGGCCCUGCAAGCAAUGCUGAAUCACGUAGCUUCUCGCCAGAAUGAGUGGGAUGCCUGCGAAAAGAAUCAACUAGAAGGUGUGGCAGAUGCACAGAAAAGUAUAGAAAAUAAACUAAAGGAUCUUCAGGUCAGACUAUCAAACACUGAAGGUUUACCUGAGGCCAAGACGAACGUCGUUAUACCACCGAACUUUGAGCAGAUCGGCUCCAAAUUCUAUUAUAUUGAGAACAGCACCAGGAUGAAUUGGCAUGGGGCUUCGAACGCUUGUCGUCAGAUGGGAGCUCAUCUGGCGAGGAUCGAGAGUAGCACAGAGCAGUACAACAUCGAGGAGCAUCUCAAAUACCGGGAAGUCUAUUGGCUUGAUACACAUGACUUGGCUAACGAGGGCGAGUUCGUGCACUCAAGUUCCGGUCAGCCGGCAAAAUAUCUCAACUGGGGUUACGGCGAACCUGAUAACUAUGAAAACUUUCAGCAUUGUAUUUUUCUGUACAAUGGUUACUACUACGAUAGCCAUUGUAACACUGGAAGUCUUUUUAUUUGCCAGGCCGGCAAUUAACAGAAACACAGUUAAGAAUGUAAAAGUCUUUUAUGCAAAGUUUAAAAAUAUAUAUAAUUUUUUAAAUUAAA